AUGGAUACCGGAGAUCCUCCACAUGAAGAUGUACCCAAAGCCCCUGCAGGUGCUAAAGGUAAAAAAAAGAAGAAGGAAGGAAAGAAAACUCUGACAUUAGAUCAGUUUCUGGCUCAGGAUGAUGGAUACUCUGAGCCAAAGAGUACCAACUGGGCUAUUUUGUCUGAAAAUCCUGAGGGGGAUGAUUAUGAUGCGCCAGUCAAGUUUGACAGGUCUAUGCUGCCAACCGCUCCUAAGUCAGCUCUGGGUCCCAAAGUUGACCUCUCUCAGAUCCCGAAGGAGGGGCCCUUUUCUGCGUAUGUUGGAAACAUACCGUAUGAUGCCAAAGAAUCAGAUUUGAUGCAGUUUUUCUCAAAACUAGAUGUGGAGAUGGUGAGACUUAUCUAUGACAGUGGCAGGCCCAAGGGAUAUGCCUAUGUGGACUUCAAGAACAGGGACUCUCUGUUGGAAGCUUUGACAUAUCAUGAAAAGGAAUACAUGGGGCGUGCUAUACGUGUCGAUUUGGCAACCGAGAAAAAUCAAGAUACACGGGGAGGUAGCCGGAGCGGUGAGCCAGACAGAACUGAAGGCGAUUGGAGAAGAGGCAAACCUGCUUCAGACAGUGGUGGUAGCAGUUUUAGAGAUUCCGACAGAGGAGGCCGAUUUGGAGACCGAGAUCGUGGUGGCUUCAGUGAUAGAAGUUCUGGGGGUGGCUUUUCUGACAGGAGCGACCGCGGAUUUGGUGAUCGGGACAGGGACCGUGGUAGUUUUGGUGACAGAGAUCGGGGAUUUGGUUUUGGAGGCGACAGAGACAGGGGAAGCUUUGGAGGCGACAGAGACAGGGGAAGCUUUGGAGGUGAUAGAGAUCGGGGAAGCUUUGGAGGUGAUAGAGAUAGAGACCGGGGAAGCUUUGGAGGUGAUAGAGAUAGAGACCGGGGAAGCUUUGGCGGAGACAGAGAUAGAGACAGAGGAAGCUUCGGAGGUGAUAGAGAUAAAAGCUUUGGCAGCGACAGGUCAAGUAGAGGUUAUGGCUUUAACAGGGACCGAGAGGAAGGAGGUCGCUUUGGUUCAAGAGGUGGUGGCAGCGGCGGCGGCUUUGAUGAUCGUUUUGGUGGGAGACGGGAUGAAGGCAGAAGGGAUGACUUCAAUAGAGGGCGCCGUGAUGAUAAUUUUGAACGAAAGCAACCAAGUAGAGAUGGAAGUCCAGACACUGGCAAGGAACGACCAGUGCUAAACCUGAAACCCCGCACAAAGCCAGUGGAGAAUAAGGAAAAUCAGCCAUCCUCCAGAUCUUCUAUAUUUGGGUCGGCUAAACCAGUUGACACGUACGCCCGUGAGAAAGAGAUUGAAGAAAAGUUGAAAAAGAAAGAUGACGGGGAUCAUGGCCAGCAUCCGUCAAAGAGGCGAGAUUCAGAGAGCUCCGACCAUAGCAGGAGAGGUGGUGACAGACAGGGUGAAGCCCGGCGGGAGAGCGUGGAUGGCUCAGGGCACGGUUCAAGGAGAGACAGUGAACAUUCGCAUGUUUCUGAUGACGGAGGCAGUGAGGAUGGAUCACACACGUCAAGUAAAUCAGGGGAACAUACCCCUAAAUUAAUUCCUGCACCUCCGCCAAAGGAAAAUCCCUGGGCGAAAAAGAAGGAAGCUGGAGCAGUGUCAGCAUCAUCUUCAAGCACUUCAAACGUUUCCAAUAAUGCCACAGUUUCCUCUUCCGUUUCUGCUGCAUUACCUGACAGAAAAGAUGGUAUACCACCGAAGUCCAGCGCCAGUCCGGCAGGCAGGGGCUGGGGGCCUCAGACAAAGACGGAAGCUGUCCCAGGGAAGAAACCACCAGUAGAUAAAGUCGCCAGCAGUAGUCAAAACGGCCCACGUAAACCCCCCAAAGAAAAGACUGUACCCAAACAUUUUGAGGAGAUGCCAAGAUUUGAAGACACAAAGGCUAAG